AUGGCUGUGCUUCUUCAGAUCGUAUCAAAACAAUUCCCGCAAAUCCACCGCAAUUUGUUGGAUGUGGUGAAAAUUUCGUUCAAAAAUCAUCAUCCACUCGGCGACAACUACUGCAAGCUGCACACUAGGCACCUCCAUGUCACGGCUUCCGCAGCAAGUUUACAGAACGAUUCUAGGCGAAGGGACACGGUACAAAGACGAUACUAUGCCAGUCCUAGCCCCAAUGGACCCCAGCGUGAUGGCACCGAAAACGCCCUGCGGCAUAUAUUUCAGAAGAAGAAACAACCAUCGACGGGUGGAUUCGAAAGUAACGCAUUCGACGGUCGUUGGUCUGAUAGUCAUGGCAACCCGCUGAAUAUUCGUCGGCCACAGCAAACGCAGCAAAUACGACGGUAUCUUCACACCAGGGGCUACUUGAAGACGAAGACGGGUCAUCAGCAUACCGCACCAUUUCACGGUGGAGCGCUGCCAACCCCUAACACCAAACGGUUCCCACCUAACCAUUCCCUACUGCCAGCUCCGACAAUCGACAAAUCACCACCAAUUCGUCAUUGUUUCCAUCUAGGGCACCAUCCGGCAUCCGGCGAAUCGAUUGGCAGCUACGAUGGGCCGGCAGUGACCGCCACCGACAUGAUUAAGGCGAUGGCCACGUACAUUUGGCCGAAGGACGACGCUAUAGUGCGGAAGAGAGUCUUGAUAUCGUUGAGUUUACUCGGAGGAGCGAAAGUACUGAACGUCUGCGUUCCGUUCCUGUUCAAAAUGGGCGUCGAUAACCUGAACGUACUGAGCAUGGACACGGUACCGGAGGCGGCCUCUGCCCUCACCAUCUCGGUGCUGUUGGGAUAUGGCAUUGCACGUGCCGGAGCUGCUGGUUUCAAUGAGCUGCGGAAUGCCGUCUUUGCCCGCGUGGCUCAGCAUUCAAUACGAAAGAUCGCCACCAAUGUGUUCCUGCAUUUGCAUAAUCUUGACCUACAGUUUCAUCUUAGCAAGCAAACGGGUGCCCUAUCGAAGACUAUCGAUCGGGGAUCCCGAGGCAUCAAUUUUGUGCUCACGGCGAUGGUGUUUAACGUUGUACCGACGGUGUUUGAGUUGGCGCUCGUCUCUAGCAUACUCGGAAUGAAGUGCGGCCUUGCAUACGCGGCCCUUUCGAUGGGCUGCGUUGGCGUUUACAGUGCAUACACUUUGGCCGUUACGCAGUGGCGCACCAAGUUCCGAAUCUACAUGAACCAAGCGGAAAACGAGGCCGGCAAUAAGGCCGUCGAUUCGCUCAUCAACUACGAAACGGUAAAGUACUUCAACAACGAGCAGUACGAAGCGAACCGCUACGAUAAGGUGCUGCAGAAGUACGAGGAGGCCAGUCUGAAGACGAGCACCAGCUUGGCAGUGCUGAACUUUGGUCAGAAUGCGAUCUUCAGCGUUGCGCUGAGCGCCAUUAUGGUGAUGGCCGCGAACGAGAUCGCUCGAGGCAAUAUGACGGUGGGGGAUUUGGUGAUGGUGAACGGGCUGCUUUUCCAGCUCUCGAUUCCGCUCGGGUUCCUCGGGAGCGUUUAUCGGGAGGUUCGCCAAGCGCUACUCGAUAUGCGAACCAUGUUCACGCUAAUGGGUGUGGAAAGCGCAAUUCAGAACCGUUCCAAUGCGCUUCCAUUGGAUGUGCACCGUGAGACGGCUUCGAUCGAGUUCCGCAACGUUGGUUUCCGGUACGCGCAGAGUAAUGACAUUUUCAAGGAUCUUUCCUUCACGAUACCGCCCGGUGUGAAGAUUGCCAUCGUCGGUGGGUCGGGCUCGGGCAAGUCCUCGAUGGUGCGGUUACUUUAUCGAUUCUUCGAACCGACGGCGGGCGAGAUACUAAUCAAUGGGCAAAAUAUUCGCGAAGUGGAUCUGCAAAGUUUACGACGUGCGAUCGCCGUUGUUCCGCAGGAUUCGGUACUGUUCCACGACACCAUCCGCCACAACAUUCACUACGGUGAUCUGUCGCGAUCGCAGGCUGAACUGGAGGAUGCGGCCCGCAUGGCGGAUCUGCACGAGUCCAUUUUGCAGUGGCCCAAACAGUACGACACGCAGGUCGGCGAACGGGGACUGAAGCUGUCCGGUGGAGAGAAACAACGGGUAGCCAUUGCGCGAGCCAUUUUAAAGAACUCACCCAUACUGGUGUUCGAUGAAGCAACGAGCAGUUUGGAUUCCAUCACCGAGCAAAACAUACUGCAAGCCCUGGCCCGGGCAACGGAUAAUCGUACCAGCAUUUGCAUUGCCCAUCGCCUUUCGACGGUGAUGGAUGCAGAUGAAAUAUUGGUACUUGAAAAUGGACGCAUUGGACAACGUGGAACACACGAUCAGUUGCUGCGAAGCGGUGGUCUGUACACCAAGCUGUGGGACACACAGAAUCGUCUCCACAGUAGCACCAAAACGAUAACCGAAGGGAGUCAUUGAGCCUCGAUUGCGAAGAUUUGCACCUGCACCAGGCGUGGCGAACGCAAUGGAAUCGAGCUUUGCCAAUGAUUGUUGACUAUUUUUAAGCCAAAACGAAAAGAAAAUUCCGACCCCUGGGAGCUAUUUGCACGUGUAUAGAGACAAAAGGAACAAUAUUAAAACCAGUCUAAUGCCCGAAU